AUGGAGUGCGGUGUGACGGGCGCGUUCGCCAACGGGGCGGCCGCCCAGCCGCCCGCGGGCAUCCUGGGGGCGGCCAAUGCGGAGGGCAGGUCGCCGGCGCGCGUCGGCCUGCGCGUCAACUUCCAGGAGAAGGGGGAGAUCAAGGAGAAACGCGAGAAGUUCCUCACGGCCAAGUACGGCCACCAUCAGAUGAGCCUGAUCAGGAAGCGGCUGGCGGUGGAGAUGUGGCUGUACGAGGAGCUGAAGAAGCUCUACGAGAACAAAAACAAAGCGACGACGCAACUGGCGAGUGUAAAUAAUGAAGAGGUGGAGGUGGAUAUAGAUGAACUUUUAGAUAUGGAUAAUGACGAUGAACGACGGAGGCAUUUACAGAAACUCCUCAUAAAUGCCAAAGGGCCCCAAACAGACAUAAAAAAAUUCAUCAAUGACCUGUUAGAGAAGGCAAAGACCCUUUAA